GACGGCCUUCCCGCCACUGAGUCCUCCCGAGUCCCGACAAAACGUCCAGAGCAGCAAGCAGCCGAGCACCCAACGUCCCAACCGCCGCCGGAGGCCCGGAGCGCGGAGCAAAACCAUCUCCAAAACCCUAGUUAUUCCCUAGCGCCGCCGGAGCCCGGAGCUUCGACCCACCUCAUCGCGCCUCCUCUCUUUCUCUCUCUCCGCCGGCUUCCUUGACUGCGCCGCACCCGACUCUCAUUUUUCUCCCUCGACGGUGCUCGACCCCCACCGGCUCAGCGGAGUCAGCGCUCUAUCUGUCCCUCUGCCGCGCCGAGAGUAAUUUCUCCUUGGGACCGCAGACCGAGGACGGAGCGAGGAGAAGCCAAAAUUUGAGUUUCGUCUCUUGCCGACGCCUUCAUUUCUUUCUGUGAAAGCUGCUGUAUUUUGAGGGAAGCUAGAGGGUCUUCGUCGACCCAGCCAAGCUCUGCCUUGUUUGGACGGCUCGGGUACGCGUCGGUGUCGCGGCCCCCCCGGAAUAGUGAACCCUAAACCCCUCUCCGUUGCUCAUGGCGCCGCCACCACAACCAAAGCAGCUGGUGCUCGCUGCGUCAUCCGCGGACGCGGGCGUGGCUGCCUGGGACCUCCGCACCGGCGCGGAGGACAUCCGCCUCCGCCCCUGCGCCUCCCGCCCUCGGUCGCUCGCCUCGGUUGCCGACCGCUUCCUCGCCUCCGCUCAGGCUCUUCCCGCGGGCGGCAACUCCGGGACCAUCCACUUCUACUACUGGGACAAGCCGCAAGUGGCCGUCAAGAGCUUUCCUGCUGAGCCGAUCCGCGCACUCAUCGCCGAUCAGGAGGGAAGCUACCUCAUUGGCGGUGGCAGCAAUGGCAACAUUUUCCUUUGGGAGGUGUCUAGUGGAGAGCUUCUCCAUACAUGGCAUGCACACUAUCGUGCUGUUAGGUGCCUCGGGCUGUAUGACUAUUUGCUUGUCUCAGGGUCAGAGGAUGGGACUAUCAAAGUUUGGGAUCUCAUCACGGUGCUUGAUGAGCAAUCAAGGCUGGAGGUCCAGACACCAUAUUUGUAUAGUUUCAGUCAGCAUGCACUGCCUGUAACUGAUAUUGCUUGUUUUCUUGGAGCAAUCGCUAUAUCUUCUUCUGAGGAUCGAACCUGCAAAAUUUGGAGUUUAUCUGAGGGUAGGAUGCUGAGAAGCAUUUCAUUUCCUACUAGCAUUGAUUCUAUAGCACUAGACCCAAGAAGUCAUAUUUUCUAUGCUGGUGGUAGAGAUGGAAAAAUAUAUGUUACUGCUAUGGGUGUUGAUCUCAGUUUUCAUGGUAGGGAUGAGUCAUCUAUUCUGGGUGCAUUGGAUGACCACAGCAAGGCAGUAACAAGCUUAGCAUCAAGCAGAGAUGGACUUCUACUUGUCUCUGGAUCUGAGGAUGGUAAUGUUCGGGUGUGGGAUACCAGAUGUCAGCAAGUUACCCGAAAAUUCAAACACUCCCAAGGUCCAGUAACCAAUGUUCUUAUUGUAACGCCACAACGAGUAAAUCUGCCACCGCUACAACCAUUACGCAAAGUUCGGUCUGCAAAUGGGGAGGCUGAACGGCAGGCAGUACUUCUUCAUCGGCCUGAAAAUGAUGUCCCAAUUCCUGGAAAUAAGACCUUCAUUUUUAUGGAGCGCUACUUGGAUGAGCUUCAGAAGCAUGGUGGUUCAUCCAGGUUAUUUGAUUUUGGGCCGAAUGCUCAGAAUGGCACUCCAAACCAACAGGGAACAGAAUGGAGAGAUAGAUACUUGGAGUUGCAGGAUCUCUUUGUACAUGAGGUCCUCCAUCAGAUGCCAUCCUCGAGGAACCCAUGAUGCACAUGCUUUGGAUAUCGUAGGAUCAUUUGUGGUGUCGAAACAGUGAUGGUUGCCAUUCGGGCUACAAACGAUGUAGAUGAGUUCUUUGGAGUAAUUCAACUGAUGGUGCUUUCGGCUGCGAGGAACUUAUCAGAUUCUGAACUAAAACCACUAGAAUCGGUGCCAGCAGUCACUUGGAACUGGUUCUCGUUUGUGUACUAGUCUAGAGAAACGCUAAAAAUCAGGUUUCUCUUGAUUCUAGUUCUAAUUUUAAGGAUACAGUGAGCUUGCUACAUAAAGUUAUUUUGAUUUCAUAGAGAAAAUGUUUUGUUCUCAGGGGAAUCUGAAUUUUGAAAGUUUUCUACUAGAAUCUAAGAUUUGAUACGUUCA